AUGGCACCUGAAAUGAUCCCUGUUAGGCGAUCAGAAGAUCGAUGCCGAAGUGGAAUACCUGCUCUGCAGUUGAGGAACCGGAUCUCAGCACUUCUGGUUGACAGUGACAGGUCUUCUCAGAUAGCACAGUCGAGCUUUCUUCGAUAUUAUGGUGUUGACACCCAGACUGCUAGCAAUGGCUAUCAGGUAUAUGCGUGCCAGGGCAUAAAUUGUAAGAUCAUAGGCAUGACUGGUUGCUGGUGUGAAAUGCAUGAGCAAGCAAUUCUUGAUGCUGGGGCUAAUAAAGCAAUUGAGAAGCCAUUCUUCCCAGCGACCCUGUUGCCGAUUCUGAGGGAGCUUGAUGAUGAACUUUAA